AUGUUAUCAAGAAAUGCUUCUCGAAUAAGAAUAGUGCAAGCUGCUGCCAGUAUAAGGAUUUGCCAUUUACGAUAUAUAUCUGCAAUUACAAAUUCUUCACCAUCAGCUGGUUUAACUUCAGGAGGUAAUUUUCCUAUCAUUAAUACUAUAUUGGAGGACUUGAAGCAAAAGAGACACGAACCAGAAUAUCCUUCCAUUCAUUCCAAAACCUUUUCCGAGAUAAAUCCUAAGGAUUUUGAAAAUAUAUCAGAUGAUCUUAGAGUUGAAAAAGCAUGGUCUUCAGAUUAUGACCCAGUAACAAGAUCACCUCUUGCUAAGGAUGUAUCUCAUUUACUGUCACUUUUGGAUGGGUUAUUAUCAAGUGGGAAUUUCGAUAGAGCAUUCCGAGUUUUAACUUCCAUUUAUCCACUUUUAUCAAAUCAUGAUUCAUUUGUGGAUUCUGUAAAUAGAUAUAUUGAACAAUGGAGUGUACAAGAAUCAGUAUCAAUCCAAGAAGUGGAAUUAUUCUUAAAAGAUAUUCAAAGAAAAUAUAACAUCUACUUGAAUGAUAGAACUUAUGCUAUUGUGCUUUCCAAAUAUAUGUCAAGUAAUGGAUCAUAUAUCUCUUAUUUAAAUAAAUUUAGUAAUCAAACUAAACAAAAAAUCUUUUCUCAUGUUGAAAUAUUGGGUAUAGAUGAAUUAUCAAGAAUAUUCGAAGAUCCUUCCAUAACUGAAAAAUGUGUGCCUAUAGAUUUAAUCGAAACUUAUAGAGAAGUGAAUAGAACUUCAGUGGAUGCUGAAAGAGAAGAAGCUGAAAGACCUCAAUAUUUCGAAGGUGGUAACAAAGAAGAAGCUCCAAUCAUUGAAAAGGAUGCUACUAACUUAUUACCAGUUGACUCAUUUGGGUUAAAAGUUAUCAGACAUACUCUUUUAGGGUUAAAAGAUCAAGGUGGAUCCAUUGAAAUUGAAAAAUUUCUUGAAAAUAUUGAAUCAGAUUUAAAAACUCAUUUAUUGCAUAACACAUCUAAUAUUAAAAAGGAUUACUUUGAAUUUUAUAAAUCAUUAAAGACAUCAGAACAACAAAGAGCUUUUAAUAAAGGAUUAGAUUUGUUCAAUGAAGGAAGACAAAGACAAUUGGAAAUCAGAGGGGUGGAUGGAGCCAGAGAAAAAUGGAAACAUGAAUUUGAUUUAAUGCAAAAGAGAGGUACCGUCAACUUAAGUAAAGGUUUAAAUGCUCAAUUAUAUCAAUGGUAUAAAGAUUUAUUACCAUUAGUUCAAGCCGAAGUGGAAAAGUGUAAACUAUUAUUGGGUGAAAUAGAAAGUGAUCAAAUUCUUUCUAAAGAUGAUAUCAAGACAAACAAGGAUAGAGAACAUUAUGCUCCAUACUUUGUUCUUGUCCCACCUGAAAAAAUGUGUGUGAUAAGUAUUCUUGAAUUAGUCAAGUUAAAUUCGACCGGUGGUAUUGUUAAUGGUAUGAGAACUGCCAGGGCUCUUCUUUCAGUUGGUAGAGCUAUUGAAUUGGAAUAUAAAUCACAAUCGUUAUUACAAUCAGAUCGUAAAAGAUUCUCCAAAAAGUUAAAGACUACAAAACAAUGGAAACAAAUGCUUAGAAGAAAAAAUCCUUCUAGUGCAUUAGAAGAUUCAGAAUGGACCCAUUCAGUUCAAGCUAAAUUAGGUGGUGCUUUAAUCCGUCCUCUUAUUUCCGUUGCCAAAGUCCCAGUAUAUGGUACAAAUCCAACCACCGGUGAGAAAGUCACUGGUAUUCAAUCCGCAUUCCAUCACACUUAUCAAUAUUUAAACGGUCAAAAAUUAGGUGUAUUGAAGAUUCAUAAGAACGUGAGUGAUCAAUUAGGUGGUAAUAAAUUCUCCAACAGUGUCCAACCACAACUUUUACCAAUGUUGGUUCCACCUCAAAGAUGGGAAGGUUACAAUCGUGGUGGUUAUUUAUAUACUCCUUCCAAUAUAGUAAGAGUCAAAGAUUCUCCAGAAACACUUGCAUAUUUAAGAGCUGCUUCAAAAAGAGGUACAUUAGAUGAUGUUUAUGAUGGUUUAAAUGUCUUAGGUGAAACUGCUUGGACUGUCAACCGUGAAUUAUUCGAUGUUAUUUCUCAUCAUUGGAAUACAGGAGAAGAAUUCCUUGAUAUCCCACCAGUUACCAAAGAUGCUGAACUUCCAGAUGCUCCUCCAGUUGAUGCUGAACCAAAAGUUAAAUUAGACUAUCAAAGAAAAAUGAAAGUCUUAUUAAAUGAAGUUGCCAGUAUCAAAUCGCAAAGAUGUGAUAUGAAUUAUAAGUUAGAAAUCGCUAGAGGUUUCAUUGGUGAAAGAAUCUUCUUCCCUCAUAAUGUUGAUUUCAGAGGUAGAGCUUAUCCAAUCUCACCUCAUUUCAAUCAUUUAGGUAAUGAUUUAACUAGAUCAUUGUUUUUAUUCUGGGAAGGUAAAGAAUUAGGAGAAGUUGGGUUAAGAUGGUUAAAGAUUCAAUUGGCUAAUGUUUAUGGGGUUGAUAAAGCUCCAUUUGAUGAAAGAGUUGAAUUUGUGGAGAAGAAUCUUGAAAAUGUAUUUGAAUCCGCUACCAAUCCAUAUAAACCAAAUUCUUGGUGGCAUAAAGCUGAAAAACCAUGGCAAGCAUUAGGUGUCUGUUUUGAAUUAAAUAAGGCAUAUAAGCUUGAUGAUCCAACUAAAUUUGUCUCCCAUAUUCCAAUUCAUCAAGAUGGUACUUGUAAUGGGUUACAACAUUAUGCUGCCUUAGGUGGUGAUUUUGAAGGUGCAAAACAAGUUAAUUUGGUUCCAGCUGAUAGACCUCAAGAUGUUUAUAAGUAUGUGGCAUCAUUAGUACAAAAGAGAGUAGACGAAGAAGCUGACAGUGGUAAUAAGUAUGCCGUAUUCUUAAAGGAUAAAAUCAAUCGUAAGGUUGUUAAGCAAACUGUUAUGACUAACGUUUAUGGUGUUACUUUCGUUGGUGCAAGUGCUCAAAUUAAAAAACAAAUUGAUCAUUAUUUCCCUAAAGAUGGCGAAGAAGAUCCAUCAGAAUAUGCCAGAUAUUUGACUCUUCAUGUGUUUGCAUCUAUUAGAGAAUUGUUCGAAGGUGCUCAUCAUAUUCAAGAUUGGUUAGGUGAAGCUGCCAAAAGAAUCAGUAAGUCUGUGAGAAUGGAAGAAAAGCCUGGUGAUGUCAAAGUUAAUCAUUUAUCUUCCGUUAUUUGGACUACUCCUAUAGGUUUACCAUGUGUUCAACCAUAUAGAAUUCCAAAGACUCAAUUAAUCAAAACUAAACUUCAAGAUAUUUCCAUCACUGAUCCAUUAGGUAUAAAUCAAGUUGAUCCAAGAAAACAACAAAUUGCCUUCCCACCAAACUUUGUCCAUUCUCUUGAUGCCACUCAUAUGUUAAUGACAUCAAAAGCUUGUGGUGAAGCAGGUUUAUCAUUUGCUGCUGUCCAUGAUUCAUAUUGGACUCAUGCUAGAGAUGUUGAAACCAUGAAUGCAGAAAUCAGAAAUCAAUUUGUUAAAUUACAUUCAAGUAAUUUAGUUCAACAGUUGAAAGAAGAAUUCGAAGCUCGUUAUAAUAACUUUUUACAAGUCAUUCAUGUCCCAGUUGAUCAUCCAGUGGUUAAAGAAGUCAAAGACAUAAGAAGAUCAAUUGUACAAAAGAUUAAACGAGCUCUUACUAUCGGUGAUGAGAUUCAUUUAGAAAAGCAACGUCGUAUAAUGCUUGCUUCUAAUAAUCCCGAAGCAGUCGAAGAAGGUAAGAACAUGGAAACUACCAUUAGCGUUACCGAAAAAUAUGAUUUAUAUUCUGUCGCUAUUGGUACAACUGGAUUCCCAGUUUUAGUACCAUUAAAAUUCCCAGACAUACCCGAAAGAGGUGGAUUUGAUGUCGAAACAGUUAAACAAUCUCCUUAUUUUUUCUCAUGA